UACAAAAACAAAUUAGUAAUUUCACAAACGAAUCCUCUUCUUCUUUCUCUCUCCACACUCCUCAGAGCUCCGGCGCAGGGGCAGCCGCAGAUAUCAGGCUCAGACCGGAAGAGUUCGUUCACGGUUCACUGCUAAAACCUAACCUGGAUUUGUAAUUCUAUCACAACAAACAUAGCCAUGUAAGCCUAUUACUUGUGUAUCACCAAGCAAUGAAUUGUUAUCGUUACUUGGAGAAAAGAGGUCUUUCCAAUGACAAUGCCAUUCGUUUUGUUCGAAGAGGAAAAAGAUUUGGCCGUAUUCCCUUUCCCAGACACAAAUUAUCCACCUGGACCUUCUUGUUUGGAACCACAUUUCUCAUUUGUUUUCUGGUUUUCUCCAACCUAAACAAGAUCCCCUUUCAUGAAAAAUUUGAAGAAAGUCCUUUAAUACUACAACAAGCUCACCCAGACCUUAGGGAAUCUGAGACUGGUAGACCACCACCACCACCGCCACCGCCGCCGCCAAGGAGCAAACGUGGUAGACAGCAUUUUCCUUGUGAAAUUGGAUUUGCUAAAUCAGUUGAUUAUCUUGUUGAACCCAGCGACCUCACGAACUUUACACAGUUUUCAUUAAAGUACAUUGACCGAGAACAAAAAACCUCUUCGAACAAUGUUUUUGAUCUGAGAUUUGGAGGGCACCAGACUCUUGAGGAAAGACAACAAUCCUUCUAUGCAAAGAAUCAGACUCUUCAUUGUGGCUUUGUCAAAGGACGACCAGGGUACCCAAGCACUGGAUUUGAGAUAAAUGAAAAGGACAAGGCAUACAUGAACACAUGUAAGAUUGUUGUUUCAUCAUGCAUUUUUGGCAACUCUGACUUUUUGAGGAGGCCUACUAGCAAGCAAAUAAGUGGAUAUUCCAAGGACAAUGUUUGUUUUGUUAUGUUUGUGGAUGAACAAACUUUGUCAAAAUUGUCUAUGGAGGGAAAUGUUCCUGAUGAUGGAGGAAAGAUUGGGUUAUGGAGAUUAGUUGUUGUCAGAAAUUUACCAUACAAGGACAUGAGAAGAACUGGAAAAGUUCCCAAGCUUUUGUCACACAGACUCUUCCCUUCCGCAAGGUAUUCAAUAUGGCUCGACAGUAAGAUGCGACUUCACAUUGAUCCAAUGCUAAUUCUUGAGCGCUUCUUAUGGCGAACAAAGUCAGAAUAUGCCAUUUCAAACCAUUAUGAUCGACAUUGUGUAUGGGAAGAAGUACUUCAAAAUAAGCGUUUGAAUAAGUACAAUCAUACAGCCAUAGACGAACAGUUUAAUUUUUACCAGUCUGAUGGCCUAACAAAGUUCGAUCCUUCUGACCCAAAUAAACUUCUUCCGAGCUAUGUUCCUGAAGGUUCAUUCAUAGUUCGAGCUCAUACGCCAAUGUCAAAUCUAUUUUCUUGCCUUUGGUUUAAUGAAGUUGAUCGAUUCACCUCCCGUGAUCAACUAAGUUUUGCAUAUACUUACCUGAAAUUGAAGAGAAUGAAUCCUGAUAAACCAUUCAACUUCAAUAUGUUCAAGGAUUGCGAGCGCAGAACAUUGGCUAAGUUGUUUCGCCACAGGAUAACUGUACUUCCUUCUUGAUCAGCUUCUUGAUCCAUUAGAACUCCUUACAAUACCUGGUAAGUUAUCAUUGCCGCUAACACAGAAAAGCCUUGCCGAUUUUCUACCCCUGGCGGAGCUUAUGUUAGAUGCAGAAAUUGUAAAUUGAAUGAAGAACUAGUAUAAUAUAAAGGAAAGAAAGAAAAAAUCGAAAGAACUCAUCUAUUGCGAAAUGAGUCUUCUGGGGAUUGAAACAUCAGUAUCCACUGUAAAGAUGGUCUGGUGGAUUGGUUUGCAACAAGAAUUUAGCAAGAGAGUUUUGUAGUAAAUUAUGCAUACAUUUUUUUAUCAGCAGUUGUUGGUUGGUCUCUUCUUAGAAUCAUAAUUAAAGGAGCAGAAGAGAUCAAAUCUGUAGUCAUGCAUUAAAUUUAGGGAUAUUUACGACGAAA